CUCUUCGGUCAGGCUAAGCAGAGCUGACAUGACUCAAGUGUUUGUGCGUGGCCUUGAUGGCCGAACGCUGGUCAUUGACCUGGCGCUUGGCGCACGGGUUUCCGAGCUCAAGGAGGAUUUGAGUGCCCGCCUGGGCCUGCCAUGCGACCAGCAGCGCCUGCAGCUCUCCUCUGGCCGACCACUGGAGGAUGCCGACGCUCUGGAAGCCGGCUGCAGCCUGGACCUGAGCCUGCGCCUGGUCGGUGGUGUGAUUGAGCCCAGUUUGCGCAUCCUGGCCCAGAAGUACAACUGCGACAAGAUGAUCUGCCGCAAGUGCUACGCCCGGCUGCACCCGAAGGCCACAAACUGCCGCAAGCGCAAGUGUGGCCACUCCAACAACCUGCGUCCCAAGAAGAAGCUGAAGUAGACUGUGUGCUUAGGCAUGUUACGUU